ACGUGGUAGUGGUAUAUCAGCUGUCGUCACAGGCACAAAAAGUCAUCACAUCUGGAGGAGGACCUGAAGAAAAUCCAACUCUCUCUCUCUUUCUCUUACCACGUCCUCACGCUUCAGGCAGCCGUAGCGAAGGAGCAACUACCAAACUAUGUUAUGAGCCAACUUUAGACGAGUCUAUCACUGCAAUUCGUGUGCGUUAGUCCAUUAUUAUAGUGAGUACAAGUUUAUCUAGAACGUUUUUAGUUGGAAAAGUUUAUUUUUCAUGCGGAUACUGAAAGCACAACGGAGAAGCAGUGAUAUUUUUUCCAUCCUCGUCGCGUGCUGCUAGGACAGUGGUGGGACUUGUACUCAACAGAAAAAUAUCAUUUUGGGGCCUAGUCUGCAGGUCGCACAAUGCUGCCCAGUCUUAUAACCCUGGCCUGUGGUCUAUGCUGCUUCACAUCAGUGUCUGCAAAUGUGCUUAAAGCUGAGGCUUGGCUCCAGCAGUAUGGCUACCUGCCCCCAGGCGAUAUCAGAGCUCAGGCGAUUCGGUCCCCUAAGUCUGUGAAGGAAGCAAUAUCAGCUAUGCAAAGGUUUUAUGGAUUAACAGUGACAGGAAGCAUAGAUGCAAAUACAAUACAAGCAAUGAGCAGACCUAGAUGUGGUGUAGCAGACAAGUUUGGCCCAGAACUGAAAACUAACCUGAGGAGAAAGAGAUAUGCUGUACAGGGGCUGAAGUGGGACAAAUCAGAAAUCACUUUCAGCAUAGAGAACUACACUCCCAAAGUCGGUGAACGAGCUACAUACGAAGCCAUACGGAAAGCCUUCAGGGUUUGGGAGAGUGCCAUUCCCCUCACCUUCAGAGAGAUCCCCUUUAGCCAGAUCAGAGGCAAGGUGGACAAGUUCGCCGACAUCAUGCUGUCCUUUUCUGAGGGUUUCCAUGGUGACAGCACACCCUUUGACGGAGAGGGGGGCUUCCUGGCUCACGCGUACUUCCCCGGCAAUGGCAUCGGCGGCGACACACACUUUGACCUCGCAGAGCCCUGGACCACUGGGAAUGUUGAUCAGGGAGGUAAUGAUGUUUUCCUGGUGGCUGUCCAUGAGCUGGGUCAUGCCCUCGGUUUGGAACACUCCAACAACCCCUCUGCCAUCAUGGCGCCCUUUUACCAGUGGUUUGAGACUGAAAAUUUCCAGCUUCCUGAUGAUGACCGCAGAGGCAUCCAAGCAAUCUAUGGUACUAAAUCAGGGGCUCCUCCUCCACCACCCCGUCCCACAAAGGCAACCAAUCCCAGUAAACCCGACAACGGGCCUGACGUUUGUGAGGGACAUUUUGACACUAUCGCUGUCUUAAGAGGAGAGAAGUUUGUGUUUAAGGAUAAAUGGUUUUGGCGUGUUCGCAACAACAAAGUCCUGCCCGGAUACCCCAUGCCCAUUGGCCACUUCUGGAAAGGGCUGCCGUCAGGGAUCAACGCUGCCUUUGAGAGGGAUGAUGGAAAAUUUGUCUUCUUCAAGGGUGAUAAAUACUGGGUCUACAGUGAGUCUGCUAUGGAUAAGGAGUCUCCCAAAAACCUGAGGGACAUGGGGACAGGUCUACCCAAAGACAAGAUCGAUGCUGCUCUAUUCUACACCCCCACAGGACAGACCUACUUCUUCAGAGCAAACAAAUAUUACCGUUUCAAUGAGAAGACUCGCUCUGUAGACCACGGUUACCCCAAGGCCAUCAGCACAUGGAGUGGAGCCCCAGAAAACAUCAAAGCAGCCAUCAUGAGUGAAGAUGGAUCUUACACCUAUUUCUACAAAGCCAAUAAAUACUGGAAGUUCAACAACCAGUACAUGAAGGUGGAGGCUGGCUACCCCAAAUCAGUGCUGAGUGACUGGAUGGGCUGUGAUAGCGAGGAGCCGAAACGCGGAAGAGAAGAGGAAGUGAUCAUUAUAGAAGUGGACGAAUCACAAUGGGGGGCAGGGCCAGUGGCGGUGGUCGUCCCUCUCUUCCUCUUGGUGCUGGUAGUGAUCACCCUGGGAGCUCUGUUGUUUUUCAGAAAGUACGGCACGCCAAGACGCCUGCUCUACUGCCAGAGAUCUCUCCUGGACAAAGUGUAGAGAAAUAUAGUGAAUUUUUAUGAACGAGUGACUGCAGAAGGAUGGACUAGAAGAGAAGUUGAAAACAGGAACGCAAGUGGAAAUGAGAGACUGAAGAACUGGGGUUGAAUGUUUUAAAGGUGCACUGUGUAACUUUUCUGGUGGAGGGUCCGCUACCUGUCUGUCUUUAUGGAGAUAUCUUUGUUAUGCCUUAGUUAUUGCUCAGUAUAUAAAUAAACUUGGUAGCCACAAUGGAGACAGGUUAAUGGUAAGAUGGCAGAAGCAAGCCCGCACAUGGUAAGAAUUCGUGUUUUUAAGAUAUUUUUGAGCACAUGUAAUAGAACAAACGCAAAGAAGAUAUGUUUAAUGCCCUACUGUGGAACAUUCCAUCUUCAUGGAUACAAGCAAGAAGCGGGCCCUCCACCGUAGAAGUUACACAGUACACCUUUAAGAUUUGGUGGUUUGUAUAUGCCACAAAAGUGCAAAAAGCCCAAGGAACUGAAUCAGGAAAUUAUUUGUAUUUGUAUGUUAAAUAUUAUACGUUCUGUUUGGAUGUUACUCCAUCAAUCACCUCUGUCACGAACCAGGUUUUAAAUGUUUAACUGGACGACUCCAGCUGAACUGCUGUCUGAUCAAUUAGACAAAAUGUAUUUCCUUUUAGCGUAUUAUUUGGAAAUCUCACACACUGCCAUGAUACUAUGACCUGAAAAUAAAUAAAUGUUACAAGGUUGUAUUUUCUACCACUAUGUAAGGUCAGUUUUGUCUCAAUUGUUAGCUCGUAUACCUGUAACAUUAGCACAAAAGCCACAUGCAAAUAAUAUAAAACUGGUCUGUGAAAAAACAUAUUAUAUUCUGUUUGAUAUCUGCACAUUGCAACAGAAUGCACAAAAAAAAAACUCUUUUCAGUGUAAGCAGUCAGACGGAAAAAUAUCUUCUGAAACUUGAUGUUUUAGAUUGUAAAAGUUAAUUUUACGAUGUGUGAAAAAGCGGUACUGAUUUCCAACAAUGGUGCAAUGUUAUUAAUGUUGUCAAUUCUUUUGGGAUACUUUCUUAUUAUAAGUAUGGUUAUUGUUAUUAUUGUUUUAAGUUUGUCUGUGUACGUUGUCAUUGGGAGUCCUGCUGGACAGAGGCAUAAAGUGACAAUGGUGAAAUUAACCCCAGUUUACAUUUCAAUAAUUUGACCAAAUCAGUGGAAAAAGGCAUCUGCAUUCAAUACAAUACUAUUUAUGAACUUUGAACAUAGAUGGUGCUGAGUGAUUUUUCUCGUUUUUACACAAACUCUGCUGAAAGUGAUUUUAACAAUGAUAAUGGUAAUGAUAUUUAUAAUGAUGAUUAACAAAAUGCAAUGGAAAUCUAUUUUCACUUCUGUAUUUCACCUAAUAAAGUGAAAUGAUUUUUUUCUACAAA